UUUUGGGAAGUGAUCAGCGAUGAGCACGGGAUUGACCCAGCCGGAGGCUACGUGGGUGACUCAGCGCUGCAGCUGGAGAGGAUCAACGUCUACUAUAAUGAGUCUUCUUCUCAGAAAUUUGUACCAAGAGCAGUCUUGGUGGACUUGGAGCCAGGAACCAUGGACAGUGUGCGGUCUGGUCCUUUCGGUCAGCUCUUCCGGCCUGAUAAUUUCAUCUUUGGACAAACUGGUGCAGGAAAUAACUGGGCUAAAGGACACUAUACAGAAGGAGCAGAGCUGGUCGAUUCUGUACUUGAUGUAGUAAGAAAAGAGUGUGAACACUGCGAUUGCCUGCAAGGUUUUCAGCUCACUCACUCCCUGGGAGGAGGGACAGGGUCUGGCAUGGGAACCCUCCUCAUCAGCAAAAUCCGGGAGGAAUAUCCUGACAGGAUCAUGAAUACGUUCAGUGUCAUGCCCUCUCCCAAGGUCUCGGAUACAGUGGUGGAGCCCUAUAAUGCUACCCUCUCAGUCCACCAGCUGGUUGAAAAUACAGAUGAAACCUACUGCAUUGACAACGAAGCCCUGUAUGAUAUUUGCUUCCGCACCCUCAAGCUCACCACUCCCACAUACGGAGACCUAAACCACCUGGUUUCUGCCACCAUGAGCGGGGUGACCACGUCUCUGCGCUUUCCGGGCCAGCUCAACGCCGACCUGCGGAAGCUGGCAGUGAACAUGGUGCCGUUCCCCCGCCUCCACUUCUUCAUGCCCGGCUUUGCUCCGCUGACCGCCCGAGGCAGCCAGCAGUACCGCGCGCUCACCGUCCCCGAGCUCACCCAGCAGAUGUUCGAUGCCAAAAACAUGAUGGCCGCCUGCGACCCAAGGCACGGGCGGUACUUGACCGUGGCUACAGUCUUCCGUGGCCCCAUGUCCAUGAAGGAGGUUGACGAGCAGAUGCUGGCCAUCCAGAACAAGAACAGCAGCUACUUUGUGGAGUGGAUCCCGAACAACGUCAAGGUGGCCGUGUGCGACAUACCCCCGCGCGGGCUCAAGAUGGCCUCUACCUUCAUUGGCAACAGCACCGCUAUCCAGGAGCUCUUCAAAAGGAUUUCUGAGCAGUUUUCUGCCAUGUUCAGGAGAAAGGCCUUCCUGCACUGGUUCACGGGAGAAGGCAUGGAUGAAAUGGAGUUUACAGAGGCCGAAAGCAACAUGAAUGAUCUGGUUUCAGAGUACCAGCAGUACCAGGAAGCUACAGCAAACGAUGGAGAGGAAGCGUUUGAAGAUGAGGAAGAAGAAAUCAAUGAAUAAAGAAAUUGCCAAAAGAUUUAUUUUUUUCUCCCCAGGCCAAAUUCUCAAAUCUGGAUUUCUAAUAAUUAGGCUUAUAAAUCUGUAUUGAAGCUUCAAAGAAAGARGAAAAGGAGUGUAAGCCUCAGAUGUUAGAGGUGCUUUUUGGAGUCCAUUGUGUUCACUGGGAAGUGAGGCUGUUGAGCACUUCUGGAAAUCAUGGCCCAUUUCUAAUCAUGGGACAAAUGUAAGGCAUUCAGCUAAUACUUUGGCCUAUGCAUCUGAACACAGAGAUUGCCRGUUUGGGAUAUUUUUUUCUUGCUGCUCCAAACAGAAUUUGUCUUCCRUAACGUUGUACAAGAAGUAAAACAGGCAUGAAAAUCUGCAAAACA